AUGGCUCUGUUGAAGUCCAGCAAAGUGAUCUCCAGUAUUGGGACUUUCUCACCAUCCUUGGGAGUUUUGUCUACCCGUAACAGGUAAUACCAGACAUGCAAUCUCUGCACUGUCAUGUUUGACACGUAGCUACUUUGGUAGUUUGACAUUGAAUUAAUAGCUAGCAGCACUUAGUUAGCAAGCUAGCUAGCCAUGCCCUCUCUGACUCAAGUGGUCUAACAUCAAGUUUACUGAACGGGAGUCAGAAGUGGUCAUGCACUUACUUCUCUCACUGUAGUUUAGCUAGCUAUCUACCUAAUAUUUAAAUUACAUUUGAUUUGGAUAGUUAGUUAGCUAACAGACUGAAACUCGCAUUCAUCCAUCUGCCACCUGUCGUGACUGAAACUGCCUGUUCAUAUUUUUGGCUUUAGUCAAGUCAUACGUGUAGACUUCAAGACUCAACUAGUUCACUUACAAUCGAACUUGGCAAGGUUACUUUCCAGCCAUGGGUACUGAUACUGUUAUUUGGUGGCUCUGUAAAAAUAUUAUUCAGUAUUCAGUGGCUGUGUAUCAGUAUGUUGUCAUCGUAUCAUAGUGAUCAUUCAGUUCUUCCUAUGAAAGGUAAAUGAUUCAAGCAUUUUUAUAUUUUAGGGUCGCAGUGGCAUUUAGCCUUUGAGAUUCGACGUAUUUCUUCUUUUUGAUCUCCCUCGCAUACCGUAGCUCCCAAAUUCUAGCGUGAUCAUUGGUUAUCGUGUACAGGCCCCUGGUCGCUGAUUGGCCAAGAGAUGCCCCGGUUUCUACGGAGAUGUGACGACAGUAACCGGUGUCCUUUCGCUUUUUUCUUGGAGGGCAAACUCUGUUCGCUUAUAAGAGACCGCUCCACAUCUCUGGAAAACAGACAGUGUUCGAAAAGCAUCUGCAAAUACACUGCAUCACUGUUGGUUUUUGUUAGAAGACCGUGCGCCGAGUGUUACAUUAUUCUCAUGCAAAAAUAAUUUCGGUCUGUAUUCAAGUUCAUUUUAUUAUUUUAGCAGGCUAAAUCCAAGUCUGUGACUCCACAUUGGAUGGCCCGCAUUGGUGCUGGCAUAAAUAGAACUCAGUGUACUCCCUGGGCCUAUGAAGUGUAUACCAAGCAUAUUUAUGUUUGCUCGACACCUCACAAGUUAAAAUGUACUAAGGUUCUGAGUGUAUGUAGCUCGCACAAACUGCUGAUACAUUACCAUGUCAAUGAACUCUGAUUUUGAUGCCAACACAGUCGCUGCAGUCCCAUUAGUUUUCAUUGCAGCCGCGGUUGCCCACAUAUGUACGGAACGGAGUUAGCUACCGUUAGUAGUAGCAGUAUGAACCAGUAGGUAGGCCGAUAAUAUACCCAGGUUCUUCUUACUCUGAUAACAGAUUUGUCAGAAUCAGAUAAAAAGUAUUCAUAUUUGUUAUCAGUGUUACUGAUUGAGGAUCUAAUUUUAAUGUGCAGUCCCAAUGUUUCUGGCUGGCUGAGUGUUACAUUUUAGUCACCUGAGAUCUUUUUGUUAUUGGACAAUGGACGCUCAUAGGAAAGCGUUCACAUUUUCAAGAGGUUCUAUAAUGCUAUGUAAACAGGCUCUAUGACAGGUGACUGUUCAGUGUGUUCCCUAAGGCUCGAGGUGGUUGUCAUGUCAUCAUUCUUGUCUAUAGUCUCGUGUUGCAGUUUUGGCGUUGCUGCCCUUUGCGAAGCCUUCGGCUCUAAGUAUAGCUGUGAGUUCCAGGGUGUUUGAACACAACCGUUCAACCUGAAUCUCAAUGAGCUGCAGAGGAUCACUGCUCAAGUCAUAGUGGGUCACCAUUACAUUUGACAGACUACUGUACCAGUACACACUGGUGAGUAGCAUCAGACACAACCGUUUUAGAGCGUGCAAUGUUACAGAAGGUUCCAAUAGAAAUGUAGGCUGUCUAAAACAGAUGUGAUUCUCUGUUGGGAGUGUUGUUGUCAACUUUUCCAUGCUAUGUUCUAAACUUUGCAGCCCUUUGAAUUAUCUCUAGUUCAACCUCAGUAGGCCUAUAACCCCCCAGUACAGCAGUGAGAGGAAUAUGUAAGAUUAGAGGCCCUGCAUGUGUAAGAGGUCAGGGGCAAGGUCAUGUGGAAGCAGUAUGUGUUUGGGGUGUGUGUGUGUGUAAUGCAAUUAGCUCCUGAACUGGGCCCCUGCUAAUUAUCUGUUCUUUCCUCCCCAUAAGACGCAUUCCAUACAGGGGGAGGGAAUAGUUUUUUGCAUUGUGUGUGUGUGUGUGUGAGAGCAUAUGUUUGCAGUGCCGGACUUUCGCAUGAGCUGUUAAUCUGUGUCUUCGUUACUGUGUGUGUGUGUUGAAAGGGAAGGGCAAAGUAUUGGGUGGAUAAUCAGCUUGUUGGGGUCAGUGUGAAAGAAAGACCAGGCUGUAAUGACCAGAUCCAAAGAUAUGAUGAAUGAGUUUGUUCUGAAUUUCAAAGAACCAAUCGCUGCCUUUGUUUCUACCACUCUCCCCCUGCCCUUUAGAACUGUCAUUCUGGUAGUGUAGUGGCGAUGGAGAGAGAUGUUCAUGUAUUUAGUGCAGCACAUCUCCUCCCUUUUAGUCACUCCCCCUAACGCCAUCCAACCCGGGCCCUUCACCUCAACAGACUUCAGCUGUGUGUAGUGGUGAUUUUGUAAUGUGUGUGUGUGUGUGUAGCCUGUCGCUGUGUAGGGACUGGGGGAUGACCAGGCAUUCUCCAGGUCAUAGUCCAGAGUGUUGGUCUACUGUGGGUGGGUGGUGCUACUCUCCUCUGGUUGGGUGAGGGCAACCGUUCUAGAGCAGAAUGUAGUACGGUUCUGUUUACAGUUGAGUUUUAGUCCAGUUUCUUGGAGAAAUAUAGGCCUAGCCUACACUGAGUGAUUAGAAAAAUAAACUAAUCCAUUGGUGUCCACUGUGAAGCAAAUAAGAACACAAGUGUGCAAAAUGAUGUUAAAUGAAGCUGAUUCUGUUUGUUUCUCCCCCUCCCCUGUGUUGCAGCUCAUGGUGGGGUGGAGUGCAGAUGGGCCCUCCUGACCCCAUCCUGGGGGUGUCGGAGGCCUUCAAGAGGGACACCAGCCCGAAGAAGAUGAACCUGGGGGUGGGGGCCUACAGGGACGACCAGGGCAAACCCUUUGUGCUCGAUUGUGUCCGCAAGGUAGGAAUACCAUGACAACCAGUGUAACUGCCCAGAGUUUGAAAUUCACACACAUAGACACAGACUAGAGAACUAUCCUCAGUUUCACCUUGCCAUUCAUAUUGUAUUGAGGCUCACUCCUCAGAGGAAAGGUGAGUAGCUACAGCGGCUCUUAUUGUUUUGUAAUCCCAAGCUCAGCGUUGGUGAGAGGCCAAUCCUGUCACACUGCUAUUAGCCCUUUUAUAUAAGAACCGAAUCAUUUCACAAACACGUAGGAGCAUGAAGGUGGUUUUCAUGUGUUAUUGAGCUGAUUCUCACUAUACAGGCUUUUGUGGAGUUACAGGCCUGUGUGUUUCUGAUUGGUGCAUUUCUGCACUGUCAUCCUGAGCUUAGCUCGUAUAAUGUAUACCCUAACGGAACCUCUAUUACCGUGUGGAUGUGUGUUUGCAUACUUUUAUGUAUGUACGUUUGAGGGGCAGGCUCCAGCAGACCCAUGUGUUAGACAUUUACAGUAUUUCUGCACAGUCAUUCUGAGCUCAGCUCAUGCAGCCCUGCUAAACCCCAGCUGGGUGUGUUAUGCUAUUUUGUAGGGCUUUGGAUCAGUCAAGAAGUGGAUGCCGAGAAAAUGUCAUCAUUAAAAACCUUUCUACUUCCCCUCACACUCACUAUUUCUCUACCAUCUAGGCAGAGGCUCUGAUUGCUUCCAAGCAGUUGGAUAAGGAGUAUCUGGCCAUCGGUGGUCUGGGGGACUUCACCAAGUCCUGUGCUCAGUUAGCCCUGGGGGCUGACAGCGAGGUCCUCAAGAGUGGCAGGGUGAGUGGAUGCGUGGGUGGUAGUUUGGAAGCACAUUUGCUGUAGGUGUGUUAAGUGAAUGAUAGAAAUUCUAUUAACAUCUCUCUCCUCUCUUCAGAACAUCACUGUCCAGACCAUCUCAGGAACCGGCUCUCUGCGCAUCGGAGCCAACUUCCUGGUAAAGACCCGCGUCUUAACAGAUCAGUAGGAAGAUAAUGAAUGCAGCUGCACUACCACAGUUCCGUUUUGGCCCAUAGCCCCCUCGAGCAGUGCACCAGCCUAUAAAUGCCUGAAACGACUGCCUACUCUAUAAUAUAUGUGCAUUACAAAUGAUUGUGUUCUAUAAAACAGUAAUUUCUUCAUACCGGUAGUGCUGCGGAGUGUGUAUGGUGUCAGUCAGUUAACUCAUUCUCUUUUUUCUCUAGUCUCGUUUCCACAGUGCGUCCCGUGACGUGUACCUGCCCAAGCCCUCCUGGGGGAACCACACACCCAUCUUCAGAGAUGCUGGCAUGCAGCUGAAAGCCUACCGCUACUACGACCCCUCCACCUGCGGCUUCGACUUCAACGGGGCGCUCGACGACAUCUCGGUGAGAGACGGAUGAGAAAGGGGAGGUGCGGUUGUAUGAUUCCACACUGACAUGGAGGACCAUUAACAAGUCUUCUGAGAUCUGUUUUUAUAUUGUUGAAUGUUGACUUAAUAAGGUUAAGGUGUGGUGGUUUAUUUUCAUCAUGAGAAUCUGAUUUGAAUGUUGGGUAACACUGUCUUCCCUCUGAUACAGAAAAUGCCAGAGAAGAGUGUGAUCAUGCUGCAUGCCUGUGCCCAUAACCCCACCGGUGUGGACCCCAAGCCUGCGCAGUGGAAGGAGAUCUCUGACCUGGUGAAGGUGAGUGUGCUUACCAUAGAAAUGAAAUACCUCAAUGGUGAUUUAUCUGUAAAGGCCCCAACUGGCUAAAGUCUCUGUCACUAUUGGGAUCUCUAUCGCUGAAGAACUUUUCUGCCCAGUGCCUACUGGUGUUUUGUGUAAAGACUGACAUUUUUUACUGUGCCAGAUAACUAUUUACACACACAUGGUCCUAGUAAUAACUCUUCCCCUGUUCUGCCUCUCCUCCUCCUUCAGAAAAGGGACCUGUUGGUGUUCUUUGACAUGGCCUACCAGGGCUUUGCCAGUGGAGAUAUUGAUCGUGAUGCCUGGGCUGUUCGUCACUUCAUCGAGCAGGGCCACAACAUUGUCCUGUCUCAGUCCUUCGCCAAGAACAUGGGCCUCUAUGGUCAGUCUCAUUAUACAGACAAAAUCUCACUCACAAACUAUGGUAUUGAAAUAGGAGAAUGGUUAAAAGAUUCUCCCACCGGUGUGGUAUCUUACCUGUGUGUGUGUGUGUGUGUUUUGACAGGUGAGCGAGUGGGAGGAUUCACUGUGGUGUGCAACGAUGCAGAAGAAGCAAAGAGGGUGGAGUCUCAGCUGAAGAUUCUGAUCCGGCCAAUCUACUCCAACCCUCCAAUGAAUGGAGCCAGAAUCGCUGCCACUAUUCUCAACACACCAGACCUUUAUAAAAUAUGGUAAGUGUACAUACACACAAACACACAGCACCCCAAAACAUUUAUUGUUUGCCCAUUUCGCUGAUGCUGUGAUUUCAUAAUCUAGCUGACUGCCUAGGAAGGUGUCCGAGUUCUCUUUGGAGUGGUCUCCUGUCUCUACACACAACUUCCAUUCUGUUUCUUCAUCAACCCCCCUGAUUAACCUCUCUCUCUACACAGGUUGGAGGAGGUCCACGGCAUGGCCAACCGCAUCAUCAAGAUGAGGGAGCAGCUGGCGGCCAACCUGAAGAGCGAGGGCUCCACUCACAACUGGCAGCACGUCAUCGACCAAAUCGGCAUGUUCUGCUUCACAGGCCUCAAGCCUGAACAGGUACAAACACAAACGACCACACCCACUCGUUAUAUCCACACCUGUACCUUACAACCUUAUAAGACAACAUUAUUAUAUUCCUAUUGAUCAUAUUCAUCAGUUGGAAUUCAGUUCUAGUAUGAUAUAUUGUGUUGACGCCAGGUGUUUGUGUGUCUCCCCCAGGUUGAGCGUCUGACUAAGGAGUUUUCAGUGUUCAUGACCAAGGAUGGUAGAAUCUCCAUGGCAGGCGUCACCUCCGGCAACGUGGGAUACCUGGCGCACGGAAUCCACGCCGUCACUAAGUAAAAAGGAGCAUGCUGGGAGAAACGGUGGGGCACGGUGGCGCUGGACACAACGAAUAAAAAACUACGUCACAACCUAAAUAAAGAGCAUUUGGUGUCAUUUUACUCCCCGCCCAGCCCUUACAGAGGAGCUGGACAUUCUUUAAGACUGUCAAUUGUUCAUCGUCAAGUUCAACUUUGACCUCAACCCUCCUCGGGGUAGGGAUGUUGUUUAACGGUUAGUUCCCUGUGACCUCUCCAACGAGGCCACCAUGUCAAAGGUUGUUUAGUGAUGGCCCAAUGAUCUGCCCUACAUUUCACUAAUGAGCUGAUGUCGGAUGUCUCUCUUCUACGCUUAUUUAUUGUAUGUCAAAGUUUAAUAUGAAUUAACUGAAUAAAUGGCUUAAUAAUGUCAUAUUAGCAUAGAUGUAUAUUCUCUUUUUAAACCUGCUCUGCCUGCUGUGGUCCAAAUUGCUGUCAGGCUACAGAUGAGUUUACCAACACUUAGGUGCUGUAGUGUGUGUUUGUCUGUGUCUCUUUGCAUGUGUGUGUGUGUAUGAAUUGUGAACUCUGUCAUUGCAUAUUUCUGUAGGAUGUGAAAGUUCAACUUUUCCUCAACACCAGUAGAGUAGCAGAAAACUCAGCGUUUCCAGAUAGCAGUUAGUUAUAAGAUUGUCUGGCACUACUUUUAGAUGAGAUACGGUCAUUGAUAUUUUAAUAUGCUUUAGAAAUGGACAAUAAUGUAUGAUCAAUCAGUCCUUUCACUCAGCCUCUGUCUCUUGCAUUGCCACUUGCAUUAUCUUGUCUUCCAUAUUCAGUAUUUGUUUGUAAAAAAAAAAACAAGAAAAAAAAAAACAAUUGCUGUACAUGUUUUGUGCUUUUUGCACUAAGAGCAGGGUCUACUGCAUUUCUGCUAAGUGUUGAUGAGGGAGCAGUCAGUCAGCCAGCCAGUCUUAAAUGCCCACUGAAUGUCUCUCUCACCCCCCAAUAACUUGGUUUAUGAGGUUUUAAAGGUGCAAUAUACAGAAAUCGCUCCGCCAUUUCCUGGUUGCUAAAAUUCUAAUAGUUCGCCUAAUUUCAGUUUGUGACAAAACAAGUAAUGUGUAGAGAAUCAUUGUACCAUCUAAACCGCUG